GUCGUUGAGGUAUUCUACUACUUCCAGGACGGACGCCCCGUCCUCGUUUGAGUAUGAUGAUGAGUCUCCUUACCCCGAAGUGCGCGCAGCAGUGUCCAGUGUUGAUGAUCCUACCAUGCCUGUUAAUACUUUCCGGAUGUAAGUGGGUUCUUGGGUUGUUCUAUACCAUCGUUAUAUCUGCCCUCAACCAACUCUUCUCCAUGCGGUACCCCUCUGUGAUCAUUUCAGGCAUCGUCGCGCAGUUGACUGCUCUGCCUCUUGGCAAAGGCCUCGAGCGUAUACUACCCACAACUCGUUUCCGCACUUUGGGCUUCACGUGGUCGCUCAACCCAGGGCCUUUCAACAUCAAGGAACACGUGCUCAUCACCGUCAUGGCCAACGUCGUCGUCAGUGGCGCCUAUGCCACAGAUAUCAUCGCGACACAGCGCAUCUUCUACAACCAGACCCUCAGCUUCUCUUACCAGAUGUGCUUGGUUUUGUCAACGCAGAUAAUCGGGUUCUCUCUCGGUGGUCUCCUCCGCCAGUUCCUCGUGUAUCCCAGCAGCAUGAUCUGGCCUGGUGCGCUCGUCAACUCUGCCUUGUUCAACACGCUCCACAAGACCUACGGUCAGGCUGAACGCAGGCAUAUCUCGCGGGAGAAGUUCUUCUGUCUUGCUUUGGGAUGCAGCUUUGUGUGGUACUGGGUCCCGGGUUAUCUCUGGACUGGAUUGAGUGCAUUCAACUGGGUUUGUUGGAUUGCUCCGGACAAUGUUGUCGUCAACACUUUGUUUGGAACUUCGACAGGACUUGGGAUGGGAAUCUUUACUUUCGACUGGUCGAUGAUCUCGUACAUUGGCAGCCCAUUGGUCACACCCUGGUGGUCUGAGGCGAAUACUGGUGCAGCCCUGGUUAUCUGUUUCUGGAUCAUCGCACCCAUUAUCUAUUAUACCAAUACGUUCUUCUCAAAGUUCAUGCCCAUGUCUACUUAUCAAUCCUUCGACAACACCGGCAUGACCUAUGAUCCGUCGCAGAUUGUCACGAACAGUGAAUUCGAUGAAAGCAAAUAUUUGGCAUACUCUCCCGUAUACAUGUCUGCCACACUCGCUGUUGCUUACGGAGUGUCAUUCGCUGCCUUUACUUCUGUCAUUGUCCACACUUUCUUGUGGUACCGCCGCGAUAUUGUUCGCAGGCUUCGGAGCUCUCUCAAAGACGAGAGAGACGUUCACGCCCGACUUAUGCAAGCUUACCCAGAAGUCCCUCACUGGUGGUACGCGCUUCUGGGUGUUCUUUCCUUAAUUUUGCUCUUCAUCACAGUGGAGAUCUUCCCCACGCAACUUCCUAUUUGGGCGGUCAUCAUCGCUCUCCUUCUUGCUUCCCUCCUGUCGCUUCCCGUGGGCAUGCUGCAGGCCAUUACCAACCAGCAAAUCGCCUUGCAAGUGAUGCACGAGAUGAUCGGCGGUUACAUGCUCCCCGGCAAGCCCGUCGCCAACAUGAUUUUUAAGUGCAUUGCGUAUAUCGGUACCAACCAAGCCGUUGGGUUCUCCGGCGACCUUAAGCUGGGACACUACAUGAAGAUCCCCCCUCGCCUCAUGUUCGCCGCACAAGUGGUCGCUGCUUUCUUGAGCAGUUUCGUUGUCACCCUCGUCCAGGAUUGGAUGUUCGCCAACAUUGUCGAUAUUUGCCAGCCCACUCAACCCCAAUUCUUCACCUGUCCAUCCACCGGUACCUUCGCCACCGCUUCUCUCCUUUGGGGCGGCAUUGGUCCCAAGCGGCUAUUCAGCCCUGGGCAGAUGUACAACCCACUCCUUUGGUUCUUCCUCGUCGGCGCCAUUCUUCCCAUCCCAUUCUACUAUCUCGCGCGCCGAUACCCCCUUUCUUACUGGCGAUACAUCAAUAUUCCCGUCUUCUUCGCCGGCGUCGGCGCGUUGCCCCCCGCUACAGGCCUCAACUACUCAUCUUGGGUCGUUGUCGGCUUUUUCUUCCAGUGGUUCAUGCGUCGCUUCCACUUCCGCUGGUGGAUGCGAUACAACUACAUCCUCUCGGCUGGGCUCGAUGCCGGCGUCGCCCUCAGCCUUAUCGUCAUCUUCCUGUGUGUGCAGCUUCCAAAAGGCGGGAUUACCCUUGACUGGUGGGGCAACACUGCUUGGCAAAACACCGCAGAUGCACUUGGAACGCCGCUAUACGUCUUGGCUCCUGGUCAGACUUUCGGACCUCCUCCCUCAUGAAAAAAGAAUGAAUGUCUCGUAUGUAUAUGUGUAUGUAUGAUGCACUGUAGACUGAUCUGUUUCCAAUUUGAUUCGCAACGAAUAUUCUAACUUCAGCAACGUUGAUUUUUUUUUUGUUACGCCUUUGCUCUGACCCGCAUCAUUGGCCAAUUGACCAUCUUACGUUAUCUCAAACUCAUUGUAACCUUUUGAUUUACCAUUAUUCUUUUCGGGUUUUUGCAGUUUUUCUUACCCAUAUAGCAUUAUCACAUUUGUAUGUAUAUUUUCAUACCAAUACAAUCGUUAUCACCAUGAUCUGAACGCGUGUACCGAGUUUGUCAAAGUCGUACCUACGCAAAAGGUAACAUGCAUUUGCAAAGCCAUUCCUAAGUAACAGUAAACCACAAUAUUACAUUCUAGCUAGGUACACUCCAAAUUCUGACCUCUCUGCCCAUCACACCCCAGAUAUCCUUACCAUGUUCUCCAAAGACCAUAUCAGACACUUCUUCUCCCUCCUCGAAGCGCACAAGUUCCUCCCAAGUCUUGUGUGCAAACACGCGAAUGCCCUGGCUGCCCGCCACACCCAGAUACUGAGCGCUAAAGUCGUACACAACUUUGUUGACAUUGAAGCCUUCACCCAAAGGGAUGGAGUGAGUGGCCUUCAUCUUUCGCAAGUCCCAGAUCGCAACCGAGGAUGAGCUGUCUGGCGCGAGGAGGUGGUAACCAUUCUCCGAGAAUGAUAUCGUGUUUACUGUGAACGGCGUGCCGUCAACUGGGCUAAUAUGAGCGGCCACUUGACCAGACCGAACAUCGCAUAUCUGUAUCUUGGAUGCAGGUGUACCGAGGGCAAGGAGCGCACCAUCAGGGUGAAUGGCCAACGACGUGAAAGCUUCAUCCGAUGGAGCAGAACGAUAUAUCUGAGUAAAGUUGGAUAAUUCGUGUAGUGAAUAUGUCUUGUCAAGCGAGGCGAACGCAACGACGGUCGAAGUUGGAUGUACGGCCAAGCCUGUCAACUCCCCUUUGUGAGUCCGGACAGUAGCUUUUGGUAUGUACUCGCUAGAUGCUGAGUCAAGUGACCAGACCUUGGCUACCUUGUCGGCACCAGCUGAGAGGAUAAGCGUGUUAUCGCGUUCGCGUUCGCGCAAGGCAACGUGAUUGAUUUUUUUGGUAUGACCUUUCAACGAAGCCAGCACUUUGUCCGUACUCCUGUCGUAGAGCUGAACAAUUUUAUCGUUGCCUCCAGUCAAGAAUUGGGAGGGAUUAACGUGGGAUAUGGCGAGGGAAGUAAUACCGGCAGGCGAAGCGGAGUGCAAUGAAGGGAUGGUGCGAGUGGCAGUGAAUGUCUUGACUUCAGAGGAUGUAGCAUAACCAGCCGGUGCUUUGCGUUUCUUGCGUGCAGCAGAAAGUGUUUGUUGCGUCUCGUCGAUUUGAUCCACGAUUUCUUUUGGUAAAC